CCCCGCCCGUAGGGUGACGUGCGGUGUUAUUACCUGGACUGUCAUGGCCGCCCAGAAGAUCAAUGAAGCGCUUGAGCAUCUUGCCAAGGCUGAGAAAUGCCUGAAAACUGGUUUCAUGAAAUGGAAACCUGACUAUGACAGUGCUGCUUCAGAGUAUGCAAAAGCAGCUGUUGCCUUUAAGAAUGCCAAACAAUAUGAUCAAGCAAAAGAAGCUUAUUUGAAGGAGGCUGAAUCAUAUGAAAAUCACAAAGCUCUUUUUCAUGCUGCCAAGGCUUACGAGCAAGCUGGGAUGAUGCUAAAGGAGAUGCAGAAGCUUCCAGAAGCUGUCCAACUAAUUGAAAAGGCCAGCAUGAUGUAUCUGGAGAAUGGAACUCCUGACACCGCUGCUAUGGCCCUGGAACGAGCUGGGAAACUAAUAGAGAAUGUGAAUCUGGAAAAAGCUGUUUAUCUCUAUCAACAAUCUGCAUCCGUUUUUGAGAAUGAAGAACGUCUACGACAAGCUGUAGAACUUCUAGGAAAGGCAUCAAGACUUCUAGUGAGAGCUCGCCGGCUAGAUGAGGCCGUAGUUUCCAUUCAAAAGGAGAAGAAUAUGUACAAAGAAAUAGAGAAUUAUCCAACUUCUUUUAAGAAAACUAUAGCACAAGUGUUGGUACAUCUUCAUAGGAAUGAUUUUGUGGCAGCUGAGAAGUCAGUCCGAGAAAGCUACAGUAUACCAGGAUUCAGUGUCAGUGAAGACUGUACUGCAUUGGAGCAGCUUUUAGAAGGUUUUGAUCAACAAGACCAGGACCAAGUGUCUGAUGUUUGUAAUUCGCCACUGUUCAAAUAUAUGGACAAUGAUUAUGCCAAGCUUGCAUUGAGUUUAGCAGUUCCAGGAGGAGGAACUAAAAAGAAAUCUCCCGCAACAUCGCAGGAAGGUGUUACUGGAUCAGCACAGGGUGGCUCACAUGUUGAAGAAGAGGAUGAUGAAUAUUCUGGAGGGCUGUGCUAAUCACAUUUUGUAUUUUGCUCCCUAUAAUAUAUACAUGGAUGUUUAUGGCAUUGCUUUCUCCAGAAAUAGUGACAAAGUACUUCUUUGUUGAUACCAUCUGACAAUGCAAUUUAUUGCUUUGUUUUAUACCAUCGUUGUGAAAAAUAUAUACUAUUUUCACUAGAUCCCCACUCUGUAAGAGGGCCAUCUAAUGCCAUUACAUAAAACUCUGCACACCAUUUAUGGAUCACUAUUAUGUCCCAAUGUGUAAAGCAAGUAUAAGCAGAGAACAAUAUAUGGUAAUUAUCGCAUGUAACUUAAUUUCUCAACUUCAUUUUAAUAUCUCAGAAAUUAUUUGUAUAGUUCUGUGUUCUUUUUUGUUAUGUAAAUGACUGUAAGUAAUUGUUAAAUGGCUAUUAAAUAUUUAAACCUCAAA